UUAAAUAUAAUAUGAAAAAGUUCUGUCAGAGUCUGUGAUAUUUGUUUGGUAAUAUGUGUGAUGGUAUGUAGGAGAGAAGAGGAGUAUAAAUAUUCUAGAUAAUGUACUCUUAGGCGUCUUCUAUAUGGUAUUUGAUAGAAUAUAUUCAUGUUAAUAUUGUUAUUUAUUUUUAGGCUUAAAUGUAAUGAACGAGUAUUACAUAAUGAAGAAAUUCGAGUGUUACGUAAACAAGUUAAGAUAAACGAUGAUUAUCGAAAAGAAAUAGCUCGACAGCAAGCAGAAAUUCAUAAACUUCGUGAACAGUUAGCAAAUGAGAAAAAAACAAAUUUGAUUUAA